AUGCCCAAAGAAUAUGUGAAAGUCUGCCGUGAUUUUGCUGUCCUGGAAGACCACACCCUGGCCCACAGCCUGCAGGAACAAGAGAUUGAACAUCAUUUAGCCUCAAAUGUUCAGCGAAACCGUUUGGUCCAACAUGAUCUCAAAGUAGCUAAGCAACUCCAAGAAGAAGAUCUGAAAGCCCAGGCUCAGCUCCAGAAGCGCUACAAAGACCUUGAACAACAGGACUGUGAAAUUGCUCAGGAAAUCCAGGAGAAGCUGACAAUUGAGGCAGAGAGACGACGUAUUCAGGAGAAGAAAGAUGAGGAUAUAGCUCGCAUUUUGCAAGAAAAAGAGUUAGAGGAAGAAAAACGGCGAAAGAAACACUUUUCAGAAUCAUCUGGCAUCAGUACUUAUGGAGAGAGUUACUAUUAUGAAGAUGGAGACCAGCCAAGGUCAAGAAGAGCCAGGGAAUUGGGUUCUGAAUUCUCAAGGCCUUCUAGACUCAGAAAUGAUGGCAAGCCUGUGAAACAGCGGGAGGAGAAGCCAAAAUUACCUCUGGAUAACUUGGAAGACCUGCAAGAGCACUGUUUACCAGAACAACCUCUGGCACCUUCUCACUGGGACAAAAUGAGGGAUGAUCCUCAGAUGAACAGUGAGAAGCAUAAAAGGAAACAGUGUGGUCACAAGAGACUUCAAAGACCUCCACUUCCCAGAAUCAGUGGAGAUGUGCUUCUGACCACUGAAUCUGAUGACUGGGAGGCUAACAAUAGCCAGCGAACUCAGAAGUUUGAAAAACGGUACCGAUACCAAGACCAGCUUUCACCUGAGUUCUCACAGAAGGUUGAGCUUCACAACAAGGAAAUUUUACUUGGGAGGGACCAGGGGUUGGGUGAGCACAGAAAAAGGAGACACAGGCCAAGGACUCCUCCCUUUUCAGAGAGUAAGGAACGGCUCCACCUCAGAGACACAGGAAUGAAAGCCAGAGGGAUGAAAGAAGCUGUCUCUACUCCGUCACGAGCGACCCACAGAGAUCAGGAGUGGUAUGAUGCCGAAAUUGCCAGGAAACUGCAAGAGGAAGAACUUUUGGCUACCCAGGAGGACUUGAGAGCAGCUCAGGUAGCCCAAGAUGAGGAGAUUGCUCGACUGCUGAUGGCCGAGGAGAAAAAAGCUUACAAGAAAGCCAAGGAACGGGAGAAAUCAUCUUUGGACAAAAGGAAGCAUGACACUGACUGGAAGCCCAAAACAGCUAAGUCAGCACACCCAAAGUCAAAAGAGAGUGAUGAAGCUCACCGAUCUAAAAAUGACAGACCAGCACGGCCUCCACCCCCUGCCAUGGCAGAGGAUGACGAUUUGGAUUACUCUCAUUUUACAAACCAGCAUAAUUCCACACGCCAUUUCUCAAAAUCAGAAUCCUCUCAUAAAGGUUACCAGAGCUUCCUGUUAAUGGAGAAGACAGUCUAUUUGUUCACAUGGAGUGAUGAGUGGGCUCGAACUGUCAACCUUUCAAUUGGUAUUCCAUCACUUAACCUGUCCUUGCCAGAGUUCCUUGACAGUCUUGGGAUUCAUAUGUACUGCAUUCAGCUCACUCUUACUAAAAAUGUGAUAAAUUCUCAGCGAGAUGUCCUCUGGGGUCAUGGUCUCCAGGUGUCUCAACUGCAGACACAUGGUUCAUCUUUGAUCAGUGUUGUCUACAUCAUCACCAGCUGCGAUGCCAACAUAAAAGAGAAAUGGUUGUCAGGUGUAGCCAGAUGGAUCCCUGGUGAUGCAGCCAAGUUAAAGAUGUUACUUUGGACCCACGCAGGAGUGUCGCCCCCGCUCCCGCCCGCUGGCUCUGCGCUGCGCAGCGGGCGGCGAGGAGGGAAGCCCUUCCCGUGGGAGGAGGGAGGCAAGCUGGCGCCAGGCCAGCCCGGGUGCAGGGCAGCCAAUGCUGAGCUUCCAUCUAGCUGUACUGAUGCAAUAUCUGAGCACAAAGGACACUCAGAGGUCGCUCAGUUUUACACUGGUCUUGCACAGAUGGAGAGCCUGGCGCCCAGAGAGGGCAAGCGCUUUGUCCACAUAUCAAAUCAGGAAUCAGGUACAGCUGCUUAG